AUCCUGUCGGCUGUCGCCACUGGCCUUAACUUGUCGGCUGUCGCAUGCGGCCGCCUGGGGGAUAGACAGGGGACUGCCGACAGCGAGGGUUGAAUUUUCCAUUUUUCCGGGACAAGCCGCUGCCGAAUGGAUUUGGGUGCGGUGAUGAUGCAAAGUGGCCGAUUCAAGUCACCUGAUAAGUCACCUGACCUCCCCCAGCCACCCAAUCGAAGAUUACCAAACAUGCAGGCGCCAGUGGAAAUCCCCCCUCGGCGGUUGGACAGCAUCGAGAUUGGUCGCUUGUCGCACUGCGGCCGUAGCACGUCGCACGUCGCACCACUGGAACCACGCGACUGGCCGUGGACGAAACGGAAGGGCCUGCACGGCCUGCACCUGCCUUGUGCCUUGCGCUCCCACCACUUUACCUCCCCUCUUUCCCAGUCGCCCAAUCCCCCCAGGCCCCAGCCCGUCAACGGUCCAUCGGGUUAUCGGGUGAGCAACUUCAUCUCAUGCUUUGCCCUGGAUGGCGCAGAGCGGCCAUUUGGUGCGCGCCGUCACCACCACGAAUUUUCGUCGGGUUCGUGCUGCAGGCGAUUCGUUUUGCGGCGGCUGGGUUUUCGGAUGGGUUGGAAUUCAUUCCGAGGCGCUGUGAGAAGGUGGAGAGAGGGGACCAAUUCUGGCCCCCCCCGCUCUCUCUUUCGCGGUGGGAGCUCUGAGGAAUGUUGCAACGUUGGAGCAGAAAUGCAUGCGACGGGUGUAAAAAUUAUCUGUCGAUGUUGAAAAUGUCGUGGUAUUAGACUAUGUUCGAUUUUUGACGGUUUGACGAUGUGAGGUGCUGGAAAAGUCGCUGUGGAGCGCGCGAAUGCCCGUCAUAACGACCCGGUCGCCGAGGAAUCCUUCGUGGUGACCACAUAAUAUCUCGAGAGUACGGAGUAUGCUUGCACAUGUCCAACUGCUGAUAUCGUCCGUUUGAUACUAAUAGGAUUGACAUAAUAUAUGAUGGGGCAAAGGAGAGGGGUUCGUCAAUAUCGCCAUGGACAAUAGGACCGCUGGCAGCCGCCUAGGGAUGUAUCCCGGUUUCAUUCAUCUCGGUCCUAUUUCACCACCAAGUCCGCCAUCUACCUUAUUUCAUCCCGAUCGAACUCACCUAUAUAAAUAAACAGGGUAAGGUAUAAAGAAGUAAAGGGGACAUCGAGAAGAAUAUCACGACGGUUAAAUAAU